CCUUCAAUUUCUCAUUUCCAAAACGAAAGGCAUCGUCCUCGUCCAAAUAAACCAGAGCCCAUUCUGCCACUCCAUCUCCAGUAGCACUCACACUGAAGCAGACACCUUGAAAAUCCCCCAAAUCGGAAAAAUGUCAAAGCUGGGACUCCUCCGAACCUCAAUCAGGUCAACCCUCGCCGCCCGUUCACAAAACCACCGCCUCCUCCCUUCCCUCCUCCGCGAGCCGCAGAGACGCUUCUCCACGGAAGCGGGGCAACCGCCUCAGGACUCGGCACCCGUACAACCACCGCCGUCUCUGGAUGCAACAGUCGACCAAUUUGUUCAAAACCCAAGCGGAGGUGUGGUGUAUGGGAAAUUGCUUGGGAUUACAAGGAAUACAUUGAAGACCGACAUUGUGAACUUGCUGGAAGGCUGUAAUUUGAGGCUGGAAGAUGUUAAAGUUCAGUACAAUGGGCCUUUCGUGCCGUCGGGAAUGAUGGUGCAAUUUCCUUCGCAAAGAGCUUAUGAGACUGCAUUUAGGGCGAUUAGCCGACUGGGCCAGGUGUUCAGAUUGGAAAGGUCCGAUCGACAGAGGUGGGAUGCCGUAACUCAUUAUGAUGGAAAAACUGUUUUAAUAGAGGGAAUCCCUAGAAUUGCAAAUACGGAAGACGUGGAGCGCUUUCUGUCUGGGACUCCAUAUGUGUCCUCCUCCGUUCAACUCUUUAUGAAACAAGCUUUCCCGGAACCCAUUAGAAUGGCCACUGUUCGCUUUCCCUCGCAAAUCCAGGCGAUGAAUGCAUACAUCACAAAGAACAAAGGCUUCAUUCAAAAUAAUCAAGUCUUGAUGCGUGUUCUCCAGUAAUGUGUUUUGGUUUCUUCGUUCCCUCUGUCAGUGUAGCAUGGCUGGGAGACAUAAGAUGGAGGAUAGGAUAUGUAGUUUUACUUUCUAAUUGUCAUGGACAUGCAGUAUUUAAACCUUAGAUAUUCUACCCUCUUAUAGCAUGCUGAAAAUUUUCCCUUUA